AUGGCAUACGCAACAGACCCCGUGAUUCGUUCCUAUAUGGACGAUGUCACGCCUCAGUGCAAGGAAGACAAAGUUGAUAACAUGUGGCUGAAUAUUGCCCAAUUCUACUUCCCUCUGCAGCACGAAUUCGGGUGCGAGCGAGAAGCUGGAAUAGGUCAGCGUUCGAGAAUAAAAUCAAACGUGACCGUUAGCUUGGUGCGCAAUGAUCAGAAAGCGAAAGUCCUGUUCAUCGAAAACAAACGACCAUCGAAAGCGAAGAACGGGCCACGACGGCCUACGUGGAACCAUGCGGAAUAUCAGUUAUAA